AAAAAAACUACCAAAUACGCCAGAAACACCACUACACUUUGCAAUUAAAGAUGGCGGACGAUUUGCAAAACAUUUCGAUUGGAAACGAGCUCAAAGACUCAUACAAAGUAACAUCCAAAUGGAUCAAUAAUGGGAUCAACUGGCUCACAGACCUUGAAGAGUUCUAUCGAGAAAGAGGGACCAUAGAAAAGGAGUACGCUGCAAAAUUGAAGGAAUUGAGCAAACGACACUUUGAUAAGAAGUCCAAGUUAUCUGCCCGGCUAUCGGUUGGAGACGAGCCUCAGAUCACGCCAGGUUCAUUGGAAUGUGCCUCGUUGGUAUUAUGGACGGAUAUGUUAACCCAGACCGAGGCUAUAGCCGAUCGCAGAUUGAAAUUCGGACAGGAGUUGAACAUCAAGGUAGCCGACAACUUGAACAUCUUGAAGGGGAAGUCAACCAGGCUUGCGCAGCAGAUUGAUGUCAUCAACGAGUACAUCACUUCCGAGAAGCAGAAGAUGGAAGAUGACAUCAAUAAGUCGAAGAAACAUUACGACACUUUAUGUGGAGCCACCGAAACGGCCCGAGACAAAAGUGUAAAAUCAGCUUCCGAAAAAUACAAACAAAAGCUUGAAGAAAGGACCGUAGAUAUGAACGUAGGAAAAAACGAUUACCUUAUCAAAAUCAAUAUAGCCAACAGAUUGAAGGAUAAGUACUACUUCCAAGAUGUCCCAGAGUUGCUUGACUAUUUGCAAGAGUUGAAUGAAAGCAGGGUUGGAUUGAUCAACAAGCUCUUAAAGAAUGCCUCGAUCAUCGAACGCAAUGCAAAUGACGAAGUCAAGAAUACUUUGCAUCUCAUUGAUCAAACUAUUGACCAGAACAAUCCCAAGUUGGACACAGCCAUGUUCAUAAAGCAUAAUGUUUCGGACUGGAAGGAACCCGCGGACUUCUAUUUUAUUCCCAGUUCAAUCUGGCAUGACGACGAGGAGUUGGUGAUAAAGGAGCCAGAGUUCACCAACUUGAAGAAACGCUUGUCGGAAGCACUUGGACGUCAUUCUCAGUUUGAAAGAGCCUGUAUUGAUUCGAAACAGAAACUCGAGGAAUCCACCCUGGACCGGAACAAAGAUUCUGAGAACUUGACGCUUAAGUUUGAUGGAAAGUUGCUGACUUCGUUGAGCAUCUUACUGACGUUCAUGAAAGAAGAUACCAAGCGAGUUCAGAACGAGGUGGAAAUAGAAAUCAUCCAAAACUUUGCCGGGGACAAGGACUUGACGUAUGUAGAACAGGCCAAGCAAAAGAAGUCCAAGUUCGGCUUCUUGAGAGGAGGUAGUAAGAAGGAAAGUACUACAUCUCCAGACAAUGGAUCAGCAGAUACGCAAUCACUUCACACCGUGAAAACGAGCAAUAGUCAUCAUACUUUCAGUUCCAAUGUGUUUAGUUUGCGAAGAAACAAAACACAGACCAGCACCGGGCCUACAGGUUCAGGAAGCGGAAGAGCUUUGUAUGAGUACGUAGCCAAAGGUGACGAUGAAGUCACUAUUUUAGCAGGAGAGACAUUCACGUUGAUUGAAGAAGACUCUGGCAAUGGCUGGACAUUGAUCGGGCUAUCUAAUGGUACACAAGGUUUGGCACCCACCUCAUAUUUGGAAAUAGCCAAACCCAUUCAAGCUGACACCACAGGUAGCAGCUCUAAGAAGAAAGGUCCUUCUGUUGCACCUAGAAGAGGAGCCAAAAAGGUUUCCUAUGUAGAAGCGUUGUACGACUACAACGCCGACGGAGAUGACGAGAUUACCAUUCGAGCUGGUGAUAGAAUUGUCUUGAUCCAGGAUGACACUGAUGGCAGUGGCUGGACAGAGGGAGAAUUGAAUGGACAAAGAGGGUUAUUCCCCACGGGAUAUGUCAAGAAGGUAUAGAUAGAGUUCUUAAGGCAUAACUAGAACUGAUAAAGAAUGAUGUAGUAUAGAGAAUAUCGUACUUU